AUGGCGGCGAAAGAAAUCACACUAGCGGAUGUUAUGAGUGCCCUGAAGGCGCAGGGAGAGGUACAGCAUGCUGAGUUGCAAGCGGUGACGAGCAGUGUAGACCAUGUAUUUAAGGAGGUUAUGGGGCUCGUGAAGGAGGAGUGUUCACGGGUUAAAGACGAGGUGUUAAGUGAAGUGUUCACCAAGGAUCAGGUGAAGGGAGAGGUGGAAAAAGCGGCCAGUGAACUGAGGAGAUAUGUGGAUGAGGUUGUGGUGGCACAGGCGCCUCCUGUACUCUCUCAGCAUAAAGGCACGCUGUCCCGGUCAAGUGGGCGUGCUACCUCAGUAAAGUCGUACCCCUCUGCUGCCAGCUCCACGUCACGGAGGCUGAAGGACGGGACGAGGCGCCGGCCACAGGAGUUUGAUGGAACAGUGUCUUGGGAAGCGUAUAAGACACAGUUCGAGCUCUUGGCCAGCGCCCGCCAGUGGAGUCGCCCUGAGAUGGCCAUGCAGCUGGUGUGGGCACUCAAAGGACCGGCAUUAGAAGUCCUGAACCAGCUGCCAGCUGCCCAGCGGUGCUCGUAUAGUAAAGUGACGGCGACACUGGAGAGGAGGUACGGGUACCAGCACCAAACCGAGGUGUUCAAGACAAGGUUCCGGGCCAGGUUACGAGGCCCGGGGGAGACCCUGACACGCCUGGCGCAGGAUUUGGAGGUGCUGGUGCGGCGUGCGUACCCGGAGGCCAGUGAGGAGAUGAUCACCAUUCUCCUGCGGGAUCAGUUCGUUGAUGCCAUCGAUAACCAACAACUGAGGAUAUACGUCCAGCAGGCACACCCCAAGGACCUUCAGGAGGCCCUGGCGAGGGGCCUGGAGAUGGAGUCAUUUCUCCGGACGACGCGGGAGCGACCCAGCGGGAAUUAUGUCCCGCAGAGAGUGAAGGCAAAGAAAGGGGCCGUGCAGAAGGCCUACUCUAGCCCUUCACCGCUCCUAGGUGAGUUCAGGGGUAAGUGCUACUCUUGCAGGCAGCAGGGGCACACCAAGAGGUACUGCCCGCAGGGAUCGAGUAGUGGAAAGGCUGUCAACGGCAGAGCAGGGCAGUACCAGUACAAACCCUGUUGUUGGAACUGCGGUCAGGGGCACAAGACGGCAGAUUGCCGCGCCGAGGGUGCCCGGACAGUGCAGGUGGGCGGGCAAGUGGAUGGCAAAUCUUGCUGCCUCACUGUGGACUCGGGCGCGGAACGUACCUUCGUGCAGGACGGGGUGGUGGCAACUGGACAGCCCCCGGUGGCCCAGCAACAACUGUGUGGUAUUACAGGGCACUGCACACAGCUGAGGGGACCAGUGCAUGCCAGGAUUGCGGUUGGCAGCACGGAGGAGCAUCUUCCCGUCUUUGUAGCGGACGUCGGGGAGAACUUGCUCGGCCUAGACUACCUGAAGCAGAGCAGGGCGGUGCUGGACUUCGGGGAAAUGACUAUGUCGGUCAGAGGUAGUGUGGUGCCGCUACAGGAGGGCGGUGUUGACGCAGAGGAGUGUGAAGCUUCAAUUGAAACUCACCGAGCCCAUACUGCGUCCCUACCCGAAGCCAGCCACCGCUGCCGUCUCAGUAAGGAACAGAAGGAGGAAAGUCAAGGGUCGGAAGAGUGUGAAGGUGUACAGACGACUAUGGACCCGGAAGGUCAUUGCGAGGACAUGCAGGGGAGUAGCACUGGGGUUCCACCUCAUCUGCAGGAUCUAUUGCAGAGGAGUUCGGCAUGCCUGUCUGGGGAACAGGUGAACGAGGUGAAGGAAGUGCUGACUCUGUAUGCAGAUGUCUUCUCGCAGGGAGAUAAUGACCUGGGCCGGACCAGUCUGGUUAAACACCGCAUUCACACAGGGGAUAGUCGGCCGGUUAAGUUGCCGCCCCGCCGGAUUGCGCCUGCUCGUCGGCUGGAAGUGGAAAAAGCCGUGGAGGAGUUGCGCGCGCAAGGGAUAAUCGAAAAGUCGGCUAGUCCCUGGAGUGCUGCUGUUGUCCUCGUUAAGAAGAAGGAUGGGUCUACCAGGUGUUGUGUGGACUAUCGGGGCCUUAACGCAGUGACGACAAAGGACUCUUACCCUCUACCGAGGGUGGAUGACACGCUUGACGCGCUCACGGGGGCCCAGUGGUUCUCCACCUUAGACUUGAAAUCAGGUUACCAUCAAGUUGAGGUUGCGGAGGAGGACAGAGAGAAAACGGCCUUCUCGUAUGGGCAGGGACUGUAUCAGUUUAAAGUGAUGAGUUUUGGUCUGGUGAAUGCCCCGGCCACCUUUGAGCGUCUAAUGGAGCGUGUGUUGGAUGGGUUGCUGUGGAAAAGCGCCCUGGUGUACUUGGACGAUGUGCUAGUGUACGGGAAUUCGUUCAAGGGGGCUCUGGAGAGGCUUAAGACAGUGUUGGACAGGUUCAGGGGGGCAAAUGUGAAACUCAGUCCAAAGAAGUGUAGCCUGUUCCAGAGGGAAGUGCCGUUUCUGGGUCACAUAGUGAGUAGUGAGGGAGUGAAAACAGACCCUGGUAAGGUAGAGUCAGUUAAGGAGUGGCCAGUGCCGCGCAGUGUGACGGAAGUGCGCGGGUUCCUUGGGUUGUGUACGUACUACCGGAGGUUUGUGAAGGGUUUUGCGCAAAUUGCGGUGCCACUCCAUCACUUGACUCGUAAAGGGGCAUGCUUUCACUGGAGCAAGGACUGUCAACGGGCCUUUGAAACUCUGAAAGAGGCUCUCGCUAACGCCCCUGUGUUACCAUACCCGGAUCCAAUGAAACCAUACGUGUUGGAUUGUGAUGCGAGUGCUGAGGGAGUAGGAGCCGUCUUGUCCCAGGAGAAAGACGGACAAGAGUGGGUCGUCUCCUACUUCAGCAGGAAGUUCUCAGCCCCUGAAAGGAACUAUUGCGUCACUCGUAAGGAGUUGUUGGCAGUGAUCCUGGCCAUUGAUCACUUCCAUCCUUACUUGUACGGGGCCAGAUUCAAGAUCAGGACAGACCAUGCUGCUCUGAGGUGGCUGAAAACCCUCAGAAACCCGGAGGGGCAGCUGGCCAGGUGGAUUGGCAAGCUGGAGCAGCAUGACUACAACAUCGAAUACCGGCCUGGAAAAAUGCAUAGCAAUGCUGACAGUUUGAGUCGCCGUCCUUGCGACAGUGACUGCAGGCAUUGUAGACGCCAUGAGACUGAGCCUGUGUGCGUGAAGGCUGCUGGUCUUGUUAGUGACACUGAGUGGGGAGAGGACCUCAAACAGGCCCAGCGACAGGACGCUGAUAUCGGGCCCAUAGUGACACUGCGGGAAGAAGGCGAAGAAAAACCGCCAUGGGAAAGCGUGGCCCCGCUAAGCCCUGCCGCCAAGGCGUUGUGGCAGCAAUGGGCAGUGUUGCGAGUGAGUGACGGUGUGCUGCAACGGCGGUGGGAGUCAUGUGACGGCGGUGUGGCCUUCUGGCAAACAAUUGUCCCGGUGAAUAUGAGGGAGGCCUUAGUGCGCGAGGCUCACGGUGGAAAUGCAAGUGGUCACUUCGGUGUGAGGAAAACGCUUGGGCGGUUAAAGCAGCGGGUUUAUUGGGUAGGCAUGCGGAAGGACGUUAGUGAAUGGUGCAAAGUGUGUGACGUGUGCUGUGGGAAGAUGGGCCCCGGGAGAAAGACAGUUGCUCCCUUACAGGUGUAUCAGGUUGGGGCACCUAUGGAGAGGGUGGCAGUGGACAUCCUGGGUCCGUUCCCUCAGACACUGAGAGGUAACCGCUUUGUGUGUGUGACCAUGGACUACUUCACUAAAUGGCCGGAAGCGUAUCCGCUGCCAAACCAUGAGGCUGCCACCGUGGCAGGUGUGUUAGUGGACGAGUUCUUCGCCCGGUUUGGCGUGCCGCACGAGCUGCACUCUGACCAGGGCAGGGAGUUUGAGUCGGCAGUAUUCCGGGAGUGCUGCCAGUUGCUGGGCGUCAAGAAAACUCGUACUACACCCCUGCGGCCGCAGUCGGAUGGCAUGGUGGAACGCUACAACCGCACGUUGGGGCAGGAGUUGGCCAAAUAUUGCCAGGAAGGGCAGGAGGACUGGGACUUAAAAAUCCCCCUGCUUCUCUUGGCCUACCGGUCAGCCGAGCAUGAGGUGACCGGUUACACGCCAGCCCGGCUGAUGUGUGGGCGGGAGCUCUGGCUACCAGUGGACCUCGUGACUGGCAGGCCGCCGGACGAAGACCUGCCCACUACCAUCACCCAGUACGCUACAGCCCUACAGGACCGUCUCCGGGAGGUGCACCAUCAGCUCCAGAGCCCCUGGGAGGGGCCAUACGUAGUGGAGAAGGUCAUCUCGGACGUCACCUUCAGGAUACGCCAAGGGCCAAGGAAGCGGGCACUGGUGGUGCACGCUGACAGGCUCUGGGGUUACCAUGGCCCUGGAAACUUCUCCUGGGGAGAGCGAGCUGCUCUCCUGACCAGUGACGAAGAGGAGGACAAGGACGAGGGCCUUGGGGACGACGAGCCCCUGGUGAUGGAGGAUGACGGAGACCUGGACCUGAGAGAGCCUGAGCCGCUGGUGAUGGAAGAAGGUGGAGCAGAUGAGUUGUGUCCCUUGGAGGGGGCACUGGCGGAUGUCGACGCUGAAGUUGAAGUAUUAUUUUCUUGUUUUUGGGGGUGUAUCUGUAACCUAAAGGGAAUAGAGAGAGUUGGGGAGCGAGGGCGCUCAGUCUCUUUACAGGAGGGGGUAGUGUUACGAGAGGACAAGAUCAUGAAGAUACCCAGACUGAGUCCCAGCAGAAGUGGAGGAUGA